AUGGGGCAAGCUCUAAGUAUCAAGAGCUGUGACUUCCAAGCAGCAGAAAACAAUGAGGAGCACCACACCAAGGCCAUCAGCUCCCGGCACCUUAUUCUGAGGAGGGGACAGUCCUUCACUAUCACCCUGAACUUCCGUGGCUCAGUCCACACAUUUCUGUCUGCCCUGAAGAAAGUGGCUCUCAUUGCACAAACUGGAGAGCAGCCCUCCAAGGACAGCAAGACCCAAGCCAUCUUCCCCAUCUCCUCUCUGGGAGACCCAAAAGGAUGGAGUGCGGUCGUGGAGGACAGAGGUGCCCAACACUGGACCAUUUCCGUGACCACACCUGUGGAUGCUGUCAUUGGCCGCUACUCACUCCUCCUUCAGGUUUCGGGCAGGAAACAAUACCCCUUGGGCCAAUUCACGCUCCUUUUUAAUCCCUGGAAUAGAGACGAUGCUGUAUUUCUGCAGAAUGAGGCUCAACGCACCGAAUAUGUAUUGAACCAGAACGGCCUUAUCUACCUGGGCACAGCAAACUGCAUUCAGGAAGAGCCCUGGGACUUUGGUCAGUUUGAGAGAGACAUCGUGGACCUCAGCCUGAACUUACUGAGUGUGGACAGGCAAGUGGAAGACUGGAGCCAGCCUAUACAUGUGGCCCGUGUGCUGGGAGCCUUGCUGCAUGAACUCAAGAAGAGGAGUGUCCUGCCUGUUCCACAGACCCAGGCUGCCCAGGAAGGGACCUUGCUGUACAAACGACGGGGCAGUGCGCCCAUUCUGCGGCAGUGGCUCACUGGCCAAGGACGACCAGUGUAUGAGACUCAGGCCUGGGUGUUUGCUGCUGUUGCUUGCACAGUGCUACGCUGCCUGGGCAUCCCAGCACGCGUCGUUACCACAUUUGCUUCAGCCCAGGGUACCAACGGGAGCCUGCUGGUGGAUGAGUACUACAACGAGGAGGGGCUCCAGAAUGGAGAAGGACAGAGGGGCCGUAUCUGGGUCUUCCAAACUUCUGUGGAAUGCUGGAUGAACAGACCUGAUUUGCAGGGUUAUGAUGGGUGGCAGAUUCUGUACCCAAGAGCAUCUAAUGGAGUUGGAGUUCUGGGAUCCUGCAUUCUGGUCCCGGUCCGAGCAGUCAAGGAUGGGAAACUGCAGCUGGACCCGGCAGUAUCAGACCUCUUUGCUUCAGUAAAUGCCUCGUGUGUGAUCUGGAAGUGCUGUGAAGAUGGGAAAUUGGAGCUGACCGACUCCAGCCAAAAGUAUGUUGGCGAGAACAUCUGCACCAAGGUCGUGGGCAGUGACCGCUGCGAAGACAUCACUCAGAACUACAAGUAUCCUGCAGGGUCUCUUCUAGAAAAAGAGGUACUGGAGAGAGUCCGAAAAGAGAGAAUGAAACACAGAAAAGACAGUGGCCUGAGCCCUCCUAUCUGUGAGCCUGUUGAUCCUCUGCACCUCUCCUUGGAAACAACUAAAUCUAUCCCACCGGGAGGAAACGGUGGGGUCUCGGUGAUCCUGGUUAACCCCACAGACAAGGAGAAGGACGUGCAUCUGGUGAUUGCCAUCCAGGCUGUGUACUACAAUGGAGUCUUUGCUACUUAUCUCUGGAAACAGAAGCAGUCUUUCAUACUCAGACCCAACGAGGUUCUGAAAGCAUCCACCCCCCUGUCUUUCUCCUAUUUUGAACAAACCCUACCUGAGAACAGCUUCCUCAGGGUCACAGCAAUGGCCACACGCUCCGACACCAGCCUCAGCUGCUUCGCUCAGGAAGACAUGGCCAUCAGUAAACCACACCUUGCCAUCAAGAUGCCGAAGAGAGCGGUGCAGUAUCAGCCUCUCACCGUCUCAGUCAGCAUGCACAACUCCUCAGAGUCUCCCAUGCAGAACUGCGUCAUCUCCAUCUUUGGAAGGGGACUCAUCUACAGAGAGAAGAAAUAUGGAUUAGGUUCUGUGUGGCCAGGAAACAGCCUUCAUGCUCAAUUCCAGUUCACACCAACACACCUGGGGCUCCAGAGGCUCACUGUGGAAGUAGAUUGUGACAUGUUCCAGAACCUGACCGGCCAUAGCAGUGUCCUUGUGGUGCCCCGACACUCCCGUUUAAACCGAAAACAACCCUCAAACCACCUGCUAAAGCCAGACACACUCUGGAGAGAAACUCUGCCUCUCAGACAAAUGAAUCUCCACUAA